UCUAAAAUUCCAAAUUCUCAUAAACUUGAAUUACCUCAUUCAAUUUUCUGUGAACUAUCCUCUACUACUAUUGGGGUUCUAAGGAACGAAAUUAACGAUAUGGAUUAUGCUUCAUUGAUCUAAUUGAAGUUUACCUUACCUCAUUUGUAUUAAGCUUUGCUAACAAACAUUUAAUAAGGAAGAACACAACUCUAUGGCUUUGAUUUGUACCAUACCUCCAUAUAUUACAAAACACAAAAAUGUCACACCUUUUGAAAUACACAAGUUUGUGAAACAUCUUUGUUCUUUAUCACUUCAUUAUCCUCAUGAGUUUGACCAUUGUUUCAAAUCACAUUCUUUCUAUGCAUCUCUUAUUGAUAAUUCCACCCACAUUACACAUCUUUAUCAAGUACAUAACCAACUAGUUCUCUCUGGAUUGCAACAUAAUAGAUUUCUCAUGACCAAAUUGGUUAAUCAAAGUUCAAAUCUUGGACAAAUUUUUUACGCACGUAAGCUGUUCGAUGAAUUUCCUGACCCGGAUUUGUUUAUGUGGAAUGCUAUUAUUAGAACUUAUUCGAGAAAUAAUAUGUAUAGGAAUGUUAUUGAAAUGUAUAGAUGGAUGAAAUGGGUGGGAUUGCAUCCCGAUAAGUUCACUUUUCCUUGUGUACUUAAAGCUUGUAGUGAGUUGUUGGAUUUCGGUUUGAGUUGUUUGGUUCAUGCGCAUGUAAUUGUUUAUGGAUUUGGGUCGCAUGUUUUUGUACAGAAUGGUCUUGUGGCGUUGUAUGCUAAAUGUGGUCGAAUUGGUAUGGCGAGAAUGGUGUUUGAUAGGUUAUAUGAUAGAACAAUUGUUUCGUGGACUGCAAUCGUUUCUGGAUAUGGACAGAAUGGGGAGCCUUGGGAAGCAUUGAGAAUGUUUGAUCAAAUGAGAAAGACUGAUGUUAAACCGGAUUGGAUUUCGUUGGUGAGUGUUAUGAGAGCUUAUACUGAUGUAGAUGAUUUGGAGCAAGGAAGAUCUCUUCAUGGUUGUAUCAUUAAAAUGGGUCUUGAAGAGGAGCCGGAUUUGCUCAUCUCGCUUACAGCAUUUUACGCGAAAUGUGGAGAGGUCACUGUUGCAAAAUCUUUCUUUGAUAAAAUGAAGACUCCUAAUAAAGUGAUGAUGUGGAAUGCAAUGAUAUCUGGUUAUGCAAAGAAUGGUCAUGCUGAGGAGGCGGUAGAGCUAUUUCAGGCAAUGAUUUCGAGAAAUAUUAAACCAGAUUCUAUCACUCUAAGGUCUGCAGUUUUAGCUUGUGCACAAGUUGGUUCCCUCAAAUUGGCCCAAUGGAUGGAUGACUAUGUCAGAAAGAGUAAAUAUGGAGGUGAUAUUUUUGUUAAUACAACACUCAUCGAUAUGUAUGCAAAAUGUGGAAGUGUAGAAUCUGCUCGAUUGGUAUUCGAUCGUGCUUCUGUUAAGGACGUUGUUAUGUGGAGUGCCAUGAUUAUGGGAUAUGGAUUGCAUGGUCAAGGUUGGGAAGCCAUUUAUCUUUAUCAUGCAAUGAAACAAGAAGGGGUGUGUCCAAAUGAUGUCACAUUUAUUGGGCUUCUCACAGCAUGCAGUCAUUCUGGUCUUAUAAAACAAGGGUGGGAGCUAUUCCAUUGCAUGAGAGACUUUGGAAUUAAGCCUCGCAAUGAACACUAUUCGUGUGUCGUUGAUCUCUUGGGACGUGCAGGUUAUUUGAAACAAGCUUAUGUAUUUAUAUUGAAAAUGCCGAUUGAACCUGGUGUAAGUGUAUGGGGAGCACUUCUUAGUGCAUGCAAGAUUCAUCGCUGUGUAACAUUGGGAGAAUAUGCUGCACAAAAGCUAUUCUCAUUAGAUCCAUAUAAUACAGGACACUAUGUACAACUGUCUAAUCUCUAUGCUUCCUCUCGCAUGUGGGAUCGUGUUGCAUAUAUCCGGGUUCUGAUGAAGGAGAAAGGAUUGACUAAGUACCUUGGUUAUAGUGUUAUUGAUAUCAACGAGAAGCUACAUACAUUUCAUGCAGGUGACAUGUCGCAUCCACAAGCUAAGGAAAUUUUUUAUGAGCUUCAGAGGCAAGAAAGACGGUUAAAGGAGGUUGGGUUUGUCCCACAUACAGAAUCUGUUUUGCAUGAUCUGAAUUAUGAAGAGAAGGAGGAGAAUCUUUGUAUCCAUAGCGAGAGAAUAGCGGUUGCUUAUGGACUUAUUAGUACUGCUCCUAGAACUACUCUUAGAAUAACGAAGAAUCUCCGAGCGUGUGUAAACUGUCAUUCAGCAAUAAAGCUUAUAUCGAAGCUAUUUGAAAGAGAGAUAAUUGUAAGGGAUGCAAAUCGGUUUCAUCAUUUUAAAGAUGGUUUGUGUUCUUGUGGUGAUUAUUGGUGAGGUGAACGGCUCAAGAACCUCAAACCAGCUGUUAAGGAUGGUUUUUGUUCAUGUGUAGGAGACCAAUGAUCUUAACUGAAAAAUUUGUUUUUCAUGGGGACCAAUGACAUUGAUUUGAUACAUGUAAGUGUAACUAAUCCAUACUAGAGGGGCAAUAUUUUGUUGUGUGUCUAUGUUAUAUAUGAAAUAAAUCAAUAUGCACCUGCAAUAUGCAUCUCCGUAUAUUGCUGUCUUUAAUGUUUUAAAUUUCCAAAAGUAAUCAUUUCAGAACUUUAGUCCUCAAAAGUUCUGAAAUUUUAGUCAUCAUAGAACCUCCUUGUUUAUAAGUACUUCAGGAAGGGAAAAAAAAGGCAGAUUGAUUACUGUGAAAAGCAGUAUGUGCUUCUGGAAAGAUUCUAGUAUCACAGUGGUGUCUCCAAAAUGUAAAAUUAUAUGAACAUACUCUCCAAAAUAUACAAAUUAUACAUAUCAUGCAUGUUUCCUUUUUGGUAUUCAUGUCAGUGUGAGAAUGUGUGCAUAUGUAUAUUGGUCUCAAAUAAUUGGGUUUUGCUUUCUUACUUUAUUUUGUCAUAAUUUAAUUUCUAAAAUAGUUUUCAGACUAACUAUUUAAGCCUUUCAGAUGUGGGAAAGAGUUGUUUAACUUCGCAAUUUUCUGAUGGUUCCUUCCCAUUCAAUUUUAUUAUUACCACCAGAAUUGAUUUAAGUCGAGAAUAUUUGAUCCUGUUACCAAAUGCAUUAUGAAUCACUCGGUAUGGAGUAAAUAUUUUUGAGGAACCUUCAGUUUUGAAGAUUGAUUUGAAUCACUCUGAAUUGUGUAUAGCUAAUGUGGACUUGGGUUAUAUGCUAUUGCCUAAUGAAUUUGUUUAGAUGUUGCUUAAUUUAAGUUCAUACUGUGGAUGGAUUUUCUAAUUUCAAUUGCAUCCUCUAUUUUUUUGACGAAAGGAAAGUUUUCUGCCAACAUAAACAUAGGUUCAAACUUUGCUGCCGGUGUGAGGAAUUCGUUGAUGAGUUAUAUAUCAGAAUUGAAUUUGCAACAUUGAAUAGCAUGCUUCUGACAAUGUAAACAAAGAUAGUGGCCUGCGCCCUGCGGAUAACAAGUCUGAUAUGGAUGAAAGUAAAAAGGGAAUUCAGAUUGCCUUCAGCCAACAAUCUUUGCAUUGACGCCCUCAACACAUUGGUGGGCAUUGGGUCAAGAGUCAAGACAGAUGCAGAUUUUGCCUAAAAAAACAAAUCUAGAAUACGAGCUUCCCGCUCAAAAGUCUUGACUAUCAACAUGAAUCAACCAGAGAAAGCAGCCAGUCGAGAUCAAGAUGCUCAAAACUCGGUUCAUGUGGUUCAUCAGAAGAAUCAGUAUCUGCAUUCAGAGGUUGCAAAUUCAACACUGGCCUUGCCAUCAUCUGGUAGCUACAGUUGUUGUCAUGUCAUAAGAAAUAGGAGCAUUUGUACUUAGUUAUUGGAUUAUUGGAUAUGUGUAAUUGGUUUAUUUACUCCAAUCUCCUCUUUCACUUGUAUGGAUUAUUAUCAAAAGUUUUUCUUCUA